AAAGAUAAAAGUCAUAAGAUCCUUAUUAGAAUAAGAGAGAAAGCGAUCAAACAAAGGUGCAAGCGGAUGAUCGCUCUUCGAGGUCUGCGAAGUCGCAUUCUCCGUAGCGGUCUGGAAAGACAUCGAGUGACAAAAGUAAAAGGCAUAAAGAAGAUACACUUCUAUGAUUUCAUUGAAGAAAAACUGAGAAUCGUGACACAUUUAGAUGAACAGUACUCAGGCAAUCAACAAUCGUCAAGAGAAUUAUGUAACCACAGAAUGGCGACACUUCAGACUUUGACCUUUGAUAAUCUAGCGCUUCGAUCGCUGCCCAUCGACAAGGAAACAAAAAACUAUGUCAGGCAAGUAGAAGGGGCAUGCUUUUCACUAGUCGAGCCGGCUCCUGUGUCUAAUCCAAAGACUGUUGUGUUUUCCGAGAGUGCAUUGGAGUUGCUCGAUCUCCACAAGGCCGAGAUCGAAAGACAGGAGUUUGCUCAGUAUUUCAGCGGAAAUAAACUACUGCCGGGUACAAGACCUGCUUCUCAUUGUUACUGUGGACAUCAGUUUGGUUAUUUCUCUGGCCAGCUUGGUGAUGGAGCUGCAAUGUAUUUAGGUGAGGUGAUCAAUAGCAAAGGAGAAAGAUGGGAGAUGCAGCUAAAGGGAUCAGGCCUCACACCCUAUUCUCGGCAAGCAGACGGGCGAAAGGUGCUGAGAUCAAGUAUCAGGGAAUUCCUUUGCAGUGAGGCAAUGUAUCACCUUGGUAUUCCGACAACAAGAGCUGGUAGCUGUGUCACAUCAGAUACUAAGGUUAUACGUGAUAUUUUCUACAAUGGGAAUGCAAAGUCUGAGAAGGCAACUAUCAUCUUGCGUAUUGCACCAACAUUUAUAAGAUUUGGAUCCUUUGAGAUAUUCAAGCCUAUAGAUCCUGUUACUGGUCGAAAAGGACCAAGCACUGGCAGAAAAGACAUUCUGCUCCAGCUGUUAGAAUACACAAUAAAAACUUUUUAUCCCAAGAUAUAUGACCUCCAUUCCUCUCCAGAAGAACGCUAUCUAGCUUUUUACAAGGACCUUGUGGUGAAAACUGCUCGUCUUGUGGCCCAAUGGCAAUGUGUUGGCUUUUGUCAUGGGGUCCUUAACACUGAUAACAUGAGCAUUGUUGGCUUGACAAUUGAUUAUGGUCCAUUUGGAUUUAUGGAUGCAUUUGAUUCACAACACAUCUGCAAUGAUUCAGAUGCGGACAGAGGCCGCUACCGUUAUGGAGCACAGCCAGAGAUAUGCAAGUGGAAUCUAAUGAAACUUGGUGAAGCUAUACAUGAUGCCCUCCCUGUAGACCAGUCCUUGGCAGCACUAGAAGAGCUGUAUGACAAGGAAUAUCAAGGUGCCUUUCUUUCUAAAAUGAGGCUAAAGCUUGGGCUACUCAACAAACAGCAACCUGAGGAUGUUGAUCUUAUCGAAGCCCUUUUUGAAACAAUGCAUAAGACAGGAGCUGAUUUUACUAACACAUUCCGUGUCCUUUCAAGACUGGGAGCCCCUCAAGUCUCAAAGCAAGAAAGAGUGGAAGAUGUCACUGAGUAUAUCAGGCAACAGUGUCUUUCUUUGGAUGAGUUAAAACAAGCAAGCCAACCUUCCAUGGACUACAGGUAUAAUGAACAAUGUGCUUAUACUUGAUAUGCUAUAUCUGCUUUGCCAUACUGUGUUUGUUAUACUUGCUAUACUAUACUUGAUAUGCUAUACUUACUGUGCUAUACUUGCUUAUGUUGUUUGUUAUGCUAUACUUGCCAUGCUGUGUUUGUUAUACUUGCUAUACUAUACUUGAUAUGCUAUACUUACUGUGCUAUACUUGCUUAUGUUGUUUGUUAUGCUAUACUUGCUAUGCUGUGUUUAUGUUAUACUUGCUGUGCUAUACUUACUAUGCUGUUU